AUGGUUCGUUGGUUACAGACGGAGGGGGAGGACAUCAACAAGCUGGAGAAAGCGGACAUACUGGAGCUGACCGUGCGCCAUUUACAGAGGCUGCAGGGAUCCCAAGCAUCUUCCGGUUUCACGAGAACCGCGAGUGACGAGAUUUCGGCCGAGGCUCGAUGGAUCUCUGGUUUUGGCCACUGCGCAGCUGAAGCCUACAGAUUUCUCUCGGCGCUUCCAGGUGAAGGCGCGGAAAAGUUAGCCAGGCACCUCGCAGCUGGCCUGCAGAAGAGUUACCGUACGAAUUCGACG